UGUUGGUUCACGGAGUAUGUCAUGGAGCAUGGUGUUGGUAUAAGGUGGGGAGUCUAUUAAAAGAAUCAGGCUUCAAAGUUACAACUCUUGAUAUGGCUGGUUCUGGAGUCCACCCAAAGCAACUGGAUGAGAUUCAUACCAUUUCAGACUACGCCGAGCCAUUGAUGAAGUUCAUGGCCUCAAUUUUACCAGAAGAGAAGGUAGUUCUGGUUGGUCAUAGUAUGGGUGGGAUUUGCAUAUCAGGUGCCAUGGAAAAGUUUCCACAUAAAAUCUCUGUUGCUGUCUUUGUCACUGCUAUAUUGCCUAGUUUUAACCUAGGCUUAACUGUAAUCUUGGAAGAGUGCUUUCGAAGAGUGGAGGAUCAUAUGGACUUGCAAUACGUGUUUGAUGAUGGGAAAAAUAAGCCUCCCACAAGUAUGCUAUUUGGGCCCAACUUCUUAUCUUCUGAGCUUUAUCAGCUCUCCCCUCCAGAGGACUUGUUGCUGGCAACAACAUUGAUGAGACCUGCGCGUUCAUUUUUUGAUCCGACACUUUCAAGCAAUGUAGUAGUCACUAAAGAGAGAUUUGGGUCAGUUCACAAAGUUUACAUCAUUUGUGAAAAAGAUAGGGUGUUAAAAGAGGACUUCCAAAGGUGGAUGAUUGAGAAAAAUCCAACGGAUGAAGUAAUGUUGAUCUUUGGCUCUGAUCACAUGGUUAUGUUUUCUAAACCUGUAGAACUAUGUUCUUGUCUCAAAUAUAUUUCAGAUAAAUAUUCUUGAUCUCGAAGAUAUUUAGCAAGGAGAAAAAGGAGAAAUUUUAAAGAAUGUUUGUUUCAUACAUGAUAGACUGAAGGCGAUUAUUUGAAGAUUUAAGAAUUUCUACAUGAAAUAUAAAGAUAAAUAAAUAAAGAUUGGAAUUAGUGAA